CAUGGAAGCAGUUGCCGAGCAGCGGGACAAAUGGAGCUGCCACGCGGAGUUCAUUUUCUCGUGCGUUGCUCUUUCCCUCGGCCUGGGAAACAUCUGGAGGUUCCCGUACCUCACCUACCAGAACGGAGGAGCUGCGUUCCUGGUGCCGUACGUGCUUCUGCUCAUGGUGCUUGGACGUCCCAUGUACUUCUUGGAGCUCAUUUUGGGACAGUUCUGCAGCUCCUCAACCAUCAAAUCCUUCGCCUGCCUGCCGCUUGCUCAGUGUGUGCCCAUGGCCUUGAUGUACGCUGUGUUCCUCACGAGCAUCUACUACAACGUCAUUUCGUGCUAUGCGCUCACCCACGUGUACUACUCGCUGUGGAAAGUGCUGCCCUGGACCCAGUGCAACUCAGAAUGGGCGAACAAGUACUGCUUCGUUCAAGGAUCGACGUUUGUGACCUGUAAGGAAGCCAACGAAUCUCUCCUAACGCUUUUCCGGCGCAUAAACUCUACCGAGAAAGACGCCGUCGCCAUCAGAAACGGUUCCACCGUCUUCAUGGUGCCUCGAGACGAGUUCGAAUCGAGGUACAACGGGUGCAAGGACGUCAACGAGACGUCAAUGGAGCAGUUCUUUUACAAGCGAUUCCUGGGCCUUACAUCGGGAAUCGAUGAACCUGGUGGUGUCCAGGCCGACAUAUUCGUCGCACUCCUGAUAGCCUGGAUUAUUGUCUUCGUUGCCGUCUCCAGAGGAAUCCGGUCAUCCGGAAAGGUGGCGUUCGUGACAGUCCUUGUGCCUUUCGUCAUGCUGGUGGCCCUGCUUAUCCGAGGCGCGACUCUCACCGGAGUCGGCUUUGGCACCGCCUACUACCUGCUUCCCAAAUGGCGGAGGCUUCUCGAGUACAAGGUGACCUGUAAGGAAGCCAACGAAUCUCUCCUAACGCUUUUCCGGCGCAUAAACUCUACCGAGAAAGACGCCGUCGCCAUCAGAAACGGUUCCACCGUCUUCAUGGUGCCUCGAGACGAGUUCGAAUCGAGGUACAACGGGUGCAAGGACGUCAACGAGACGUCAAUGGAGCAGUUCUUUUAG